AUGGCUCGAGGUUGGACUAGACCAUGCACUGGGUCGAAGAAGCCUACUCUUUCCGCAGACUACAAAGGCGCCAAGAAGGAUGAAUAUGGCCCUUGGGAGCCUCUUGGUCGACUGCUGCUGCCAGACUGGCACCGGAAGGCGGAUGAGAUCGUAGAGCAACGGAGGAGAAAAUUUCUACCCGCUUCUGGCGAUGCUCAAGAGCCAUCCGAUGGCGUAGUGCAGCCAACAGAUAUCACCGAGACUGGCUCUCGACAGGACAAUAGGCUACCACAGGCUGAUGAAAUGCCGACCUCGGUUCACCACGGUACUGACGACCAGCAAACGGCCGGAGACAGUCAGCCAGAAAGUCAGAGUACUCACGAAAAUGCCCAAGGUGGUGAGGGGAACGAUAACAGCAGCGCUACGAGGGCAGAGCCGGCUGCAGCAGCAGCGGCUGGAUCUGACGAAUCCAGUGAAGAACAACGGGAACAUCUGGACAGCCGAGACGAACAGCGGUCUAACCCGCAGAUCGUGCCAGCAUUUCGUAUAUCGCAAUCACAUAUCGCCUCUGACACCACGACCAGCCCAACUACUGGAUUACCUGGACCGUCAUUGACCGACCUCGACCACUUCCCAGACUCUUGCUGCCUCUGCCACUGGCGACUGACCGGACUCGUUCCUCAGUACCUCACAGACAUCCUAUGCGAAGACUGCUUCGCGCUUUGCACACGUAUGGGCAGCCCAAUGAACUCUUCAAACCUCGCCGUGGUCCCAUAUGACGGUCAGCCACCGCCGUUGCCGUCCUGGCCAACGUCUCCGGGACCAACGUCAUCAACCUCCGCCUCGUCUGUCGCAAGCCGAAGCAGCAGUCCCAGAGAACGGCCGCUGUAUCCGUCUACCCACUAUCGAUGCAGUACACCACGAGGAGCCGUGCGCAUCCAACCAGAAGUCGAUCGACACAGUGCGCCCGCUUGCCGCUCAAGCACACCACCUCCAGCGUACGCUCGCCACGCCGACCCGCUCUACCGCUACCCUUACGAGCGUCCUCACGGGCAGCGUAUGCCUCCUGGUCCAUUCGACCCCUUGUACCACUACCCACACGGACGCCCAGGCAGGACUGAUGCUACGCUAGACCAGGAUGUCGCUGCUGCUAAUCAGGUCUUCUUCGCCAACUAUCCCGCCGGACCUCCAACAUCGAUCAAUGCAUUCUACCCUCCACCAGGGUGUGAUACUGACGGACAAGCCUUCUUCGACCACCUCCUUCACACGGGGCCAGCUCUCACAAAUCCUGGCUUUGCGCCCCAGCCGCCACCCUUUCAGCGUCCCGACCUCCACUACGACUUCCCGCAAGUAACGCUAGCCGACACACGCCGUCUCGUCAUCUGCGAGGACCAACACUGCCAGAUCCCGAUGUGGAAGGCUCCGGAUCUGGCCUCUCCGUUCGAGCACAGUCCAUUCCACGUUCCUGGUUUCCGACCAAAAGAACCCCUCUUCUUCGUUCCAUCGGGUGCCGAAGAGCCUGAGCGGUUCGGUGGUCCCUGCCAGUGGUGA